AUGUCGGCCGCCGUGGCGUGCCUGGACUACUUCGCCGCUGAGUGCUUGGUGUCCAUGUCCGCGGGCGCCGUGGUUCACCGCCGCCCGCCGGACCCCGAGGGCGCGGGCGGAGCCGCAGGCUCGGAGGUGGGUGCGGCGCCGCCGGAGUCCGCUCUGCCGGGUCCGGGGCCACCGGGACCCGCGUCGGUCCCCCCGCUCCCCCAGGUCCCCGCCCCCAGCCCCGGCGCGGGCGGCGCCGCGCCCCACCUGCUGGCUGCAAGCGUCUUGGCUGACUUGCGCGGCGGCUCUGGGGAGGGCUUCGGGGAGAACUCGGGGGAAGCUCUGCGCGCCUCGUCCGGCUCCUGCGACCCGACCCGGUGCUCCGGCCCGACCCUGGGCUCAGAGCCGACCCCGGCCAACAGCGCGGCCGAGGUCUCCGGACCCGCGCACUCCUCCGGCGCGCUCGCGGUCCCAGGCGCUCCUGCCGUCUCCGGAGCGCCUGCCGCCCCCGGGGCGGUCCCCGGCGUGGCCCCUGGGGCGGGCCCCGCCCCCGCCACAGGUCCAGUCCCUCGUCGGAGGCCGGUUACACCUGCAGCGAAGCGCCAUCGCUGCCCCUUUCCGGGCUGCAACAAAGCCUAUUACAAGUCGUCGCAUCUGAAGUCCCACCAGCGCACCCACACGGGUGAGCGCCCUUUCUCCUGCGACUGGCUCGACUGCGACAAGAAGUUCACGCGCUCCGACGAGCUGGCCCGCCACUACAGGACGCACACGGGCGAGAAGCGCUUCUCCUGCCCCCUCUGUCCCAAGCAGUUCUCCCGGAGUGACCAUCUGACCAAGCAUGCUCGCCGCCACCCAGCCUAUCAUCCUGACAUGAUCGAGUACCGCGGGCGUCGUCGCACUCCCCGAGUCGACCCCCAACCCACCAGCCUGGUGGACAGCUCCGCCUGCAUCCCCGGCCAGGAGCCCAGCCUCACCACCUGCCUGUCUGACAGUCAUUGCUGUUAGUCAUCCCCACAAGGACGAUCGCCCAGACCGUUGUCCCUGCCUUUUCCUUGCCCAACCCUCUCUCCCAGAGUCAUUAGACCAAGGCACAGACUGGUUCCUCUGCUCGGAGGAUGGGUCCAGGGAGGCACGUUGGACCCUGGGGAGGGACUGGGGGCCCGAAAAUAGCAGGAAUUCUUACAACACGUAUAUCAACCUAAAGGGGAGAGGGUUGCCUCAAGACAGCCCCCAGGAACUGGUGAAAAAGGGAUGAACCCCCGUACUCUCCAGAGUCCUGAAGAUUCUCCCCUGGAACCAGAGAUGUGAAACUGGAAUUCUCAGGUGCCUGAGGAGCUCCCAGUCUCAAAGGACUCUAGUGUCUUAUCCACCCGCCAGGGCGGACCUUGGAGAGGGUUUCAGGGGUGGCAGUCUUGGAAAUGUCCAGGACUGGAAUGGUGAGAGGCCUUUGGAAACAGAAAUGAUUUCUAUUUCUGUAAAUAGCAAUGUUUACUAAUUUAUUUUUAGUAUCUUUUAAACAGGGAUCCCAGGUUGAUG